UAGACGCUUUGUCCGGAGACCGCUGGCCUAGUCCUGCUGUCCUGGAACUGCUGCAAAAUGGCUGCAGUGUUUCGUCGUUUCCGGCGUCUUCGAGACGCGUCUGGCUGCUUGGCAACCGGGAACAGAAGCGGGACGCGAGUGUGGAGGCGAUGACCAUGCGUCGCUCAGCUGCCAAAUCACGGGGCGAUAGAAGCCGCACUGAUUCUGUCCCAGGUAAUGCUGCUUCGGCCCCGAUCCAGCCCGUCGAGAGCGUGGACAUCGUCCCGGGCCGCCUCACAGAGUCCACCUGGACCGGCAUGCUCUCCCAGGAGGAGGGCGAGGAAGUGGUGGUGGAUAUCAUAGCAGAACUGAUGGAAGGAGUGAUGGACAGAUGCUAUCAGGUGUAUCUACAAAGACAGUUGAUACCCUUCUCAGUGUGGUGGGCACAACAUAACCUGGCGGAGACGCUAGAAUGUCUUCUCCUGAGGAGAGAUGAAGGGGACGAUCCAGAACAUGAAGUCUUUUGGCAAGAGGAUCCAGAACCUCAGCCCUGUGCGACUGAUUCUUGGGCCGAAGGGUCUGUACCCGUGCUUCAUUCUGCUCAGGAACAGCACAAGCCUUAAAACACACUCGCUCAUCAAACAGAGUUUGGGCCCGAGGUGAGGAGACAGUGAUGCCAUGAGCUCCAGAAACCCAUGAACUGAUGUUGUAUCCCUUAGGCCACAGCUGGUAACAGACCAGAACAGAGUGAACCAAGGCUGGAAUACUAUAAAAAAAGUCAUCUUGCCCCAGUAACAUACUGGAGCUUCCCCCUGCUCACAAUGUCAAGACAUUUCUUAGGGUACUAUUUUAGUAUUGAUUAAACUGAUGCCUUGCCUGCAUUUUUCUGUGACUGUUGUGGCAGUAAUAAACAAUUAGACCCAA